CAAUCACCCCUUUCACCACCUCUGUCUAAACACGAUAACACUACAAAUACUCAACAACAAAAAAUCCUCUGUGAUUAAUGUUAUCAUACUCAUCGUAGUUGCAUUAAAAUUUGUAGCACCAUUGUUAAAACUACAAUAGUUUACAUUUGUAGUUGUUUAUUACUAAUACCGAACAAUGGAAAGCCAAUAUGCUCCACUAAGUGAGUCCUGUGCAAAGGCUUUGGGUGACAAAGUGUAUGACAAACGUAAGCUGGCCUCCCAGGAAAUAGAAAAAAUGGUUGUGGAGUUUAAUGCGAAAAAUAACACCGCACAAAUAAGGAAAUUAAUUGAUGUGCUGUCCAAUGACUUUGCUUCGUCCCGCGAUGCCAAUAAACGGAAAGGAGGAUUAAUAGGCUUGGCAGCAACCAGUUUGGGCUUGGGAAAAGACUCUUCAAAAUAUGUCAAUGAAUUGGUACAGCCCAUUCUUAAUUGUCUUAGCGAUCAAGAAGCCCGAAUUCGCUACUUUGCUUGUGAAUCUCUAUAUAAUGUGGUCAAAGUGGCUCGUUCCUCUAUUAUACCUUUUUUCCCAGAUCUAUUUAGUGCUUUGUCACGACUUGUGGCCGACUCGGAUCAAAUGGUAAAAGAUGGUAGCGAACUUUUAGAUCGAAUGCUAAAGGAUAUUGUUACCGAGUCUUCUAAUAACUUUAAUCUGGAGGCCUUUAUACCUUUGCUAAAGGAACGCAUAUAUGUGAAAAACUCAUUUGUACGCCAAUAUGUUAUAUCAUGGAUCUCCAUAUUAAAUGCAGUGCCCGAAAUAAAUAUGGUAACAUAUUUGACUGACAUUAUAGAUGGUCUAUUUACCAUGCUAGAGGACAAUACGCAAGAAAUCCAGAGAAUGUGUGAGACAACAUUGACACAAUUUCUCAAGUCAAUACGUAAUGAUUCGAGUUCUGUGCGUAUGGAAGAUACCAUAAAUAUUUUGAUUACACAUGCCCAGUCACAAAAUGAAUUGAUAAAGGCCACUGCCAUUACCUGGAUACGAGAAUUCGUUAUAAUAUUUGGCUCGAAGAUGUUGCCUCAUACCAGCGGCAUUUUUACUGCCAUUUUACCAUGCCUCGAAUAUAAUGUUGAUAAUAUGAAGAAUAUAAAAGAAUGUGCAGUAGCUGUUAAUAAAUCCAUGAUGAGAUUGGUCUCUUCCAAGGAGCAUAAAACGCAGAAUAUUGAACAAUUAGAUCUAAGAUCAAUCAUGGCAGUAUUAUCUCAAUAUUUGUCCCAUGAUUCUGUGCAGACAAAGGUGGCGGUAUUGGAAUGGAUACACCAUUUGUUAAUUCACUUUCCAAAUGAGAUGUCUAACCAAACUCAAUUGGGAAAUAACCUGUUGAAUAUCUUGUCGGAUAAUUCAGAUGAAGUUGUCCUCAAGUGCAUUUCAGUUUUAGCAGAAAUUGUAAAUUCUCAGCACUCGAAAGGAACUGCCGAUUUUAAUAAGGCCCAUUACAGAAAAUUCCUUUUAAGUUUGGUGAAUUUGUUCAGCGAAGAUAAAAGUUUCCUGGAUAACAGAGCCAGCCUUAUUAUAAGGCAACUUUGUGUUUUACUCAAUGCUGAGUAUAUCUAUUUAAGCUUUGCUGAAAUCAUUGCCGAAGAAGUUACCAAUCUCAAAUUUGCCUCGCUGCUGGUGCGUCUUCUCAAUAGUAUAUUGUUGACAUCGUCGGAACUUUUUGAAUUACGCACUACAUUGAGAGAUAUUUCUAAUCCCAAUUCGGCCAAUUUAUUUAAGACAUUGUAUUUAAGUUGGGUUCAUUGUCCCGUAUCCACAAUAUCGAUAUGUUUAUUAUCGCAGAAUUAUCAACAUGUUUCGGAAUUGGUGAAUCUAUUUGCCGAUAUAGAAAUAACAUUGGAAUUAUUAAAUGAAUUGGAUAAGCUGGUACAAUUAAUUGAAACGCCCAUAUUUGCUUCCUUACGUUUGACACUGGUUUCCAAAGCUAAUAAUUGUGCUGAUGCCCAAUACCUGGCACAUGCCUUAUUUGGUAUUCUUAUGCUGCUACCUCAGACAGAUGCUUUCAAUAUGUUGAAGAAUCGUUUGCAAUGCAUACCAAAUUAUUGGGGCCAACAACCUAUCAAUGAACAACAUUCCCUGCAGUAUAAGAGUAAGAUUGAUUUUUCUGAACUAUUGGAACACUUUAAAAAAGUGCAAAAGAACCAUCGUGAACAGCGCUUGUCACAACGCAAACGUAGUAGUGUUAUAGUUAAUGAUGUUUAAAAGACAAAUUGAACAAAAAACAAAGUCGUGCUUGUAAACAAUAUAUAUUAAUAUUCACGUUGUUUUAUAAUUUUUUAUACAUAUUUUAUUAUAUGUUACGCUGUGAUGCAAUAAACAAUUACUAAAGUAUUUAUUUACUGAAAUAA